AGAUGGCGGGCUCGUGGUGAGAAGCUGUGAAGCAGGAGUAGAAAUUAGUAUGCCUAGAAGCAGAUUUUAAAGGCAGUUUCUCUUCAGAACAUCUUUUUUCAUACCACUUGAUAAGCAUCUUGAAACACCAUGGCUGUAGCUGCAGUAAAAUGGGUGAUGUCAAAGAAAACUAUCUUGAAACAUUUAUUUCCAAUCCAGAACGGAGCUUUCUAUUGUGUUUGUCAUAAAUCUACAUUUUCUCCUCUACCAGAUGACUAUAAUUGUAAAGUAGAGCUUGCCCUGACUUCUGAUGGCAGGACAAUAGUAUGCUACCACCCUUCUGUGGACAUUCCAUAUGAACACACAAAACCUAUCCCUCAGCCAGAUCCUGUGCAUAAUAAUGAAGAAACACAUGAUCAAAUCCUGAAAACGAGAUUGGAAGAAAAAGUUGAACCCCUUGAGCAAGGACCUAUGGUAGAACAACUUAGCAAAAUGUUCUUUACUACUAAGCACCGCUGGUAUCCUUAUGGACGGUAUCACAGAUGUCGUAAGAAUCCGAAUCCUCCAAAAGACAGAUGAUACUGAGGUUCCUGGGAGAAUCAAAGAGAAAUGUGCCUCAUUUGCAAUUUGAAAAAAUGCCAUCUGGUGUGUUCACUAAUAUGUAGUAAAGUAAUAAUGAUAAAAUACCUUUUCAUAUAUUAGAAUGUGUACUUUUAUAUAUGUUAAGUAAUUCUGGAUUUGACAUUCUUAUUUAGAGAAACCUAUUACAUUUUAUUUUUCUUUUUCAAUUUUAGUCUUUCAUUUAUGUAUGGUCUCCAAUUUAGGACUUUUCCAUAGUGCCAAAGCCAUACAUAUUCAGUAGAACAUCAAUAGGUUAUAUCAGAACACUUUAUU